AGUGAGUGAGUGCGACGCCGAUGUAAAUAAAAAUUAUUCUUGGCAUUUCUCACUGAAAUACCACUUUAGAAUGUACUUAGUGUAGUGAAAAGCACGAAAAAGAUGCAAUGAUGUCGGAUGAAGAGAAUUGCGGUGCAGAUUGUGGUAUUUUGGUGCGAUAAAAGUGUGAAAUUGGCGUGUCUGCAUUUGGCUUCAGUACAAUUGAGGCCUUCUUUCGUAACAUUUUUUGCAAUACAUUUCACCAUUCUUCCGGACGUUCUGAUGGAAUUGUCGCAGGAUCUCGCCUGAGACGGUGCAAAAGAGGAGGUGGUGGAGGUCAGGAGAGACAUUCUGGUGGAUCUGAAUCUCAAACGUCAGAGCGCGCGUGUUCCGCGGAAGUGGAAGAAUGCAACUGCCCAAAGCGAAGGUUGUGCUCGUGGAUUGCCGCGAGGAGCUGAAGAAGUACAACAUCGACAUCAAUGAGUUCGUGCGGGGGCGCGGGCGCCGGAAGAGCGCCACGCCGAUUGCGCCCAGCAUGCCGAGCAUGCCGAGUAGCGGCGGGGAGUUUCCCUGUCGCGAGUGCAGCCUGGUGCUGCGCACGAAGCGCUUCCGGAUGAUCCACGAGACGCGCUAUCACUCGGCCAACUCCACUCUGAUGCACCAUCAGUGCGACAAGUGCCAGAAGCGCUUCUACACGCAGGAGGACCUGGAUGAGCACCUCUACAUUCGCCACAGCAAUCAGAAGUAUCAGUGCGAAUUCUGCACGUUCAAGUGCAAAUUCCGCGGUCGCAUGCAACAACACUUGGACACGAAGCACCGCGCGAACACGAAGAAGAGCUACGCGUGCGAUCUGUGCGACCGGCGCUUCUUCAUUCCGCAGCUCCUCAAGUCGCACGUCGCGCGGCAUCACAAGAACGACAGCAAGUACGCCAAGGUGACGCCGUACACGUGUCGGCUGUGCUGCCACAAGAUGACGAGGCGCGACAGCAUCAUUGGCCACAUGCAGCGCCACAACGAGAUCACAGAUCACAAGUGUCGCUUCUGCGAGCUGCGCUUCCUCACCAUCGAGGAGCUGGUGGAGCACACGCGCGUGCACAGUGGCGUCGCGGAGCUGAUCAAUUGCUGCUUCUGCGACUUCCAGUCGCUCGACUCAGCCGCCAUGGACAAACACAUUCAGGCGGUGCACAUUGACCCAAAGAAGAUGUUCGCCUGCAGUCAGUGCGGCAAGGAGUUCCAGUCCAAGGCGAACCUCAAGUACCACGAGAACGUCACGCAUCGCACGAAGAAGCAGAAUGAGGAGAAGGAGUUUGCCGACAUCUUCAAGGGUACAACCCUGGAUUCGGACGAAGAUGACAAGCCAGGCUCUUCGAAUAGUCAGAUGAGCGACGAAUCGCUGGAGGAGUUGCAGAAGCAAAUCACGUCAAUCAAUGUGAAUGAGGGUCAGGAUAUGAGUGACGUGAACACCAAGUGGCCCAUGAAUGGCGACAAUGCGAUGGAGGAAGACACUCCGGUGGUGAUAUCAAUAGCGGAAGCUGAGAAGCUGCUCUCGAUACCCGAAACAAUGUCCUCGGCGCCUCUGCUCAGGAGUCGCUCGCGAACGCCGGCGCGUCUGAGCAAACAGGAUGAGGACUACGAUGAUGAUGAUGACGAUGAUGAUGAUGAGCCGCUGGUGAAGAGAAUUGCUCCAGUUUCACCACCACGUCCUUGCCAAUUCUGUGGCGUGCAGAUGAAGAAGCUGCGCGAUUUGGGGUAUCACGAGGCGCGCCAUAAUGAGAAGACUGAUCACAAGUGUGACUACUGUCCCAUGCGCUUCCUGGCCAGGACACGACUCAGCGAGCAUGCGCUGGUGCACAAGCGCAAAUCCGCGUCCACCGUGACGGAGCCGCAAAUAUACAACUGCUCCAUGUGUCCAUACACCACGAAAUCGCGCUUCUACAUGAGAUCGCACAACAAGAACAAACAUCAGGAGAGGGAGUUGACGCCGCUUCCAGUGGUGGAAGAGCCUCAGAAUGGAACAUCGUCGGAGAAUACGUUCAAGUGUGAGAUUUGCGGCAAGGUGCUGAAGACGGUGAGCACGCUGAAGAUGCACUGGAACACGCACAAGAGCAACUACAAGUGUUUGAUGUGCAACAAGGGCUUCUCCAUGAAGGAUCGCAUGGAUAAGCAUGUGGAGAAGCACGAUGAGCUGAAGGAUUCAGCGUGUGGCUUCUGUCCGCUGCGUUUUCUCACCGAUGCGGAGAUGGAGUUGCAUCUGGGGCUGGAGCACGAGCAGGCGAAUGUGAAGCUCAUCACGUGUCCCUACUGUCCGUACAAGACGUCCGUGAAGCGUGUGUCGAACAUGCGGAGCCACAUGAGGACGGUGCAUAAGUUGUCGCAAGCGUACAAGAUCAUUCGCGAGCUGAAGCUGGGCACGAUGGAUUCGGAGGAGAAGAAGUUGGUGUGCAAAGUCUGCAAUCUGAAGUUGUCCUCGGCCAAUGGCCUGAAGACGCAUCAGGAGAGGAAGCACGGCAUGAGGAGGGCGUCAGAGCCGACAAAGCCUGUGGCCGUGAGUGAGACGACCACUGAAGUGGCCACAUCCACGCAGCCCACGAGCAUCCUGGAGUGCUUCUUCGAGUGUGAUCUGUGUGAGAUAUUCCUGGAGAGUGUGAGUGCCAUGCGAGAGCACUUUGCGCAGCUGCACAACAAUCUGAAGCCCUACAAGUGUGAGAUAUGUGAUAAUCGCUUCCCAACAUGGCCAAUUCUGCGAGGGCAUCAGCGCUUGUCGCACCGGGCGAUGCCCACCUUCAUUCCCGAUCGCAUCAUCAUCCAGCAGCAGCGCAAGCGACGACGCUCGUCCUCCUCGAGUUCCUCCAGCUCAUCUUCCUCCGGUUCCUCGUCAUCGUCUGACUCCUCCAGCAAUUCAUCGUCCUCCAGUGACAGUUCCAUGUCCACGUCCUCCAGGCGAUACUCCAGGGAGCCCGAGAGAUCCUUCCAGAGGCCCACGAUGCCGGUCAGGGGUAAAUCACUGCCGCCCACGUUGCACAAGAAGACAGUCAGUCUCAAGAUGAUGACACUGACGAACAGGAUCAGCGGCAGUGAGUUCCAGUGUGACAUUUGCAGGCAGUUCUUCAACAGCGAGGACGCCUUCAGGUCACACUUCCAGUACCAUGACAACGUGAAGCCCUUCAAGUGCGAACUGUGCGUGAAGAGAUUCGACUCGUGGGUGUCGCUGAGGCGCCACCAAGGCUUUAUGCAUAAAGGUUACCGAAGCAACUGUGUGUGAAAAAGGAGAGAGA